GGUGCCAGAGGCGGUCGCACCGGGACAGGCGACGGGCGUCGAACCUGCGCCACACUGCGAGAUGGACGCGCUGCUGCUCGGCAGGAUGGCGGAGCUGGUGUCGUCGGGCCCGAACGAGCGCAACUGGCGCGGCAUCCUGAUCGCGCUGCUGGUGAUCGUGCUGGUGCUGGCCAUGAUCGCGCUGUCCAUCGCCAUGCUGUCGCCGCCGGACGAGGGCCCCAGGGUGCGCGGCGCCAAGCUCACGCUGGACGACGUCCUGGGGCCGCGCCUCAGGGCCCCGCCCUUCAACGGCUCCUGGGUCUCUGAUACCGAGUUGGUCUUCCGCGACCACUAUGGAGGGGUAUCAUUGUUGAAUGCUGAGAAUCUCACUACCAGGAUCAUCAUGACCAACUCCACAUUCAGACAGCUUAACGCCGUCGAUUACCGGAUCUCCAGCGACCUGAAGUACGUCCUUCUCAUCUACAACAGGAAAAAGGUUUGGCGUUACUCAUACCAGGCGAGCUACCAGGUGUAUGAGGUGGAGGCUCAGACCAAGUACCCGCUGUCGCCGGCGGGGCUGGACGGGUCGGUGCCGCGGCUGCAGCUGGCCGUGUGGGCGCCCGCCGGCUCGCGGCUCGCCUUCGUGCACGACAACGACCUCUACUACUGCGACGACCCCCGGCGCCGGCCCCCCCUCAGGCUGACCACGACCGGCGUGCCCGGCGUUCUCUUCAACGGCGUGCCCGACUGGCUGUACGAGGAAGAGAUCCUGCAGAGCGGCGCCGCGCUGUGGUGGAGCCCAGACGGCCGCUACCUGCUGUUUGCCACGUUCGAUGACUCCUCAGUGGGCGAGCUGCGGUACCCCUGGUACGGCUCUGGGACCGGGCACGUGGAACGGCCGCAAUACCCGCAGCUCAGGAGCCUGCGGUACCCCAAGGUUGGUACACGGAAUCCGGUGGUAACAUUGAGAGUGGUGGACCUGCAAGAAACGGCUAUGACCACGACAUCGACGAUAUGGCCUGCUUCUGCCAUAAAGAAUGUGCGGCCACCUUCCCAACUACCUACCGACCAUUAUCUGACAUCAGCAACGUGGAUCUCGAACGCAAAGGUGUGUGCUGUUUGGAUGAAUCGCGCACAGAACAUUUCCCUGAUCAGCGUGUGCAAGCCACCACUCUGGAAUUGCGAGCAAGUGCACGAGCAGCGGUCGCACGCCUGGCUGGAGCCGGCGCCGGCGCCCCUCUUCUCGGCAGACGGCGAGUCCUUCGUGGCGGUGCUGACGCAGCGCGACGCCGCCGUGCCCGGCUACCCGCACGUCGUCAGGGUCGACGUCGCCGAGCAGAGGACCACACCACUCACGUACGGCGCCUGGCACGUCACCGCCAUUGCCGCCUGGGACCAGUUCCACCAUCUUGUGUACUUCGUAGCAACAGAAGAUGACUCACCAGGUGUACGCCACAUAUAUCGUGUUGGAUCGACUGGUAAUGAGCUCGCAGCAAUGUGGGAAUGUCUCAGCUGUGUCUCAAGGGAUAUGGACAGCUUUGACUCUGGGAAUGAGACCACAGAUAUGGAACAAGAAUGCUUAUAUGCAUGGCCCCAUUUCAGUCCAGGUAUUUCUCCACAUUAUUAUGUACUGGAAUGCUUGGGACCAGGACCACCAUUUCAUGCUCUAGUGGAAACUACAUCCAAUGCAAGAAUUGCUAUGCUGGAUGACCUCAAGUACCUCAGAGACAGACUGCAGAGAAUAGCAGUACCGCAAGUGAAGACAUUCAAAGUACAGGUUCCUGGUGGGUUCCACGCACAUGUAAAGCUUCAUCUACCACCAGGACUAAGGGAAUAUGAGGACAUGGUGUUCCCACUGAUUUUGCACGUAUGUGGAGCCCCAGGGUCACAGUUGGUUUCAUCCUUGUGGAACAUGGGUUGGCCAGCGUAUCUUGCCAGCCGACGGAACUUCAUUGUGGCUGAAGUGGAUGGUCGUGGCUCUGGAUUUCAGGGAGAUUACAUCAGACACCAAAUACACAGGAAGUUUGGUUCCAUUGAGAUCCGUGACCAGAUCGAUGUUGUGGAGUACCUGACGAACAACCUGAAGUUUGUUGAUAGAGAUCACGUAGCGCUUUGGGGCUGGGGUUAUGGAGGAUUUGCAUCUGCUAUGAUCCUCAGCAAUGAUGACCACAGGCUGUUUCGGUGUGGGAUUUCAGUUGCUCCCAUCACUAGUUGGGCUUACUAUGAUUCUGCGUACACAGAGCGAUAUAUGGGCCUGCCUUCUGUUGAAGACAAUUACGUUGGCUAUGAACAAGCAAAUGUAACAAACAGAGCUGGCAGACUGCAAGACAAAAUGUUUCUACUCAUCCAUGGCACUGCUGAUCACACCGUACAUUAUCAGCAAAGCAUGUUGCUUGUAAGUGCUCUUACAAGAGAAGGAGUUCUUUUCAGGCACCAGACGUACCCAGAUGAAGGAAAUGCAUUCUCUGGAGUAAAGCAGCACUUAUAUCGAGUCAUGGAGGCCUUCUUUGAUGACUGUUUUGGCCCUCUGGACUUUGAAGAAUGGGAAAUGGGCUCAAACUUGUUUUCUAGAAAGCCAUGAAGAAGUCCACUGUUCUUUUUUUCAUAUCACCGUCCAGCUGUCAUUGCCAUUCUAUGAGACUGACUUAAUAAUAUGGACUGAAAAAAUUAUUUGGUAGAGAAGAUCCCUUCAGAUUCUUUUACUUGCUGGCAGGGUUAGUAUAGAAUAUUGACAAAAUAAUGGAGUAGGAAAAUCCUACAGAUGAACCUACCAAAACAUUUUGGUGCCAUUUGUUCAUGAACCUGCAGUUAGACAAAAUAACAAAACAAGACAUCACAUUUUUAAGUGGGAAGACUGAUGAUCCUUUAAUAAAGUUGUUUCUCAUCAUCAAGGUCAGUAAAUAUUGCGCAACAGAUAGCAGUUUUUUGAAUGGAAGACAAGGAGAGUAUAAAUCUUUCAACAAAGACAUUUACACAGUGCACACAGGAGAACAUCAUGGCUCUGUUAUAAUGUUUCUUUUUUACUUUCCAGACUCAUAAUUGUACCAAACAUUAAAGUUUCACUUCUUGCAUAUUUUUGGUUAAUUAAAUGAAAAUGAAACAACCUUUCUCAAAGUUCAGGAGUACAAAUUGUUAAUGCUUUAAUAAAACUUACAUAUCUGGGAAACAUGACAAUGUUUUAUCAAUAAUUUUCAUUGCACCUCUACACUAUAACUUUUAAUUCUGUCAAACCAUUAUGUCAGAUCAUGAAAAAUGCACGUAAUAGGUGAUACUCAUCAAACUGAAGACAUGUCACAGGAAAUCAAAAAGGAGAGAUGAAACUAAUUCCUCCAACAACUAUGACAUUAUGAUGGAACAUUUCAAUGUAGAAGCAGCUACUUUCAGUUGUAAAAUAAAAGGGAAAAUACAUAAAGUUGAAAUCUUCAUAUUACAUCUAAAUAUGAAGUUCAUCCAUAUCCUCUGGGAACACAUAUUUUAAAAUAAAAUGUACAGUGUGCAUAUUUUUGCCUCUGUUGAUUUCAGUGUACAUCAAUUACAUUGUAUCAGAGUUACAAGUCACAAUAGUACUUCCAGUUGUGCAGCUUUUUGCCUGAAAUAUUUCUAAAUAAGUCUGAGAUGUGAUAAAAACUUAAUAUAUGACACCGCUGGUGAAGAAGCUAUUUUGUUACCUCACUGAUGUAGAAAUUAUGCAGUGUGGAUACAAAAUAGGUUCUUUCAUACAAUUAUGUGCAAAGAAGCUGAAUGUUAUUUUUUCUCCACCAAAACAGUCUUCUAAUAAAGUGAAUGUAGGACUAACAUGUAUG